GUUCGCGCGAGGCCGCCUUCGCGUUCGCGGUGUCGUCGGCGGGCGUUGCGCACGCGGUGUCGCGCGCGUGCCGCGAGGGCGACCUGGCCACGUGCGGCUGCAGCCGCGCGGCGCGACCCGCGGCGCUGCCCCGCGACUGGCUGUGGGGCGGCUGCGGCGACAACGCCGAGUACGGCUACCGCUUCGCCAGGGAGUUCGUGGACGCGCGCGAACGCGAGCGGGGAGGAGGUGGAGGAGGAGCCGGUGGCGGCGGUGGUGGCGGACGAUCGUCUCCAGAGUACGCGCGCGCCGUCAUGAAUCUGCACAACAACGAAGCCGGCCGGCGGGCGGUGUACAGCCUAGCGGACGUCGCGUGCAAGUGCCACGGCGUGUCGGGCUCCUGCUCGCUCAAGACCUGCUGGCUGCAGCUCGCCGACUUCCGUCGAGUCGGGAGGCGCCUGCAGGAAAAGUACGACGGAGGUGCUGCCAUGAGGCUGGUGAGCCGCAAAGGGAGCGGUGGCGCUGGUGCCGCUGGUGGCGCCGGUGGCGGCGGCGGCGGCGGGCGGUCGUCUCCGCAGCUGGAGCCCGUGAACGGGCGCUUCACGCCGCCCACGCAGGACGACCUCGUCUACUUGGACGCGAGCCCCGACUACUGCACGUACGACGAGACGCGCGGCAUCGCCGGCACGGUGGCGCGCCAGUGCAACCGCACGUCCGAGGGCACCGACGGUUGCGAGCUCAUGUGCUGUGGCAGAGGAUACGACCACUACAAAGCCACGGUGGUAGAGCGAUGCCACUGCAAGUUCCACUGGUGCUGCUACGUCAAGUGCAGGAUGUGCACAGAGAUCGUCGACCGAUUCGUCUGCAAGUAGCCGGCACGGCCCCCACGGCUCCCACGGCCCCCACGGCCCCACGGCCCCUACGGCCGCCCCGGUUUGGCCGAGCGACGCCGUGGCCCCAGCGCCCUCCCGCCCCGGCGUCUCCACGUCGCCAGAACCCCAACGCCUUCUCUCUCGACGGGCCGGACGUCAAUAAUGCAGCCGGCCCGCACGCAAACCCCCACUCGGCGUCAGCCACGAGCCCGGCGCGUGGCUUCAGCUGCGGACUGGCUGCUACUCGUCGCGUGCCACCUGCAGCUCCGGGCUAGCAGCGACUCGGACAAGAUUUCUACACCCGGUACACCACAUCCAUCGGCUACCAGUCACGUGCCACCUGCAGCUCCGGGCUAGCAGCGACUCGGACAAGAUUUCUACACCCGGUACACCACAUCCAUUGGCUACCAGUCACGUGCCACCUGCAGCUCCGGGCUAGCAGCGACUCGGACAAGAUUUCUACACCCGGUACACCACAUCCAUUGGCUACCAGUCACGUGCCACCUGCAGCUCCGGGCUAGCAGCGACUCGGACAAGAUUUCUACACCUGGUACACCACAUCCAUCGGCUACCAGUCACGUGCCACCUGCAGCUCCGGGCUAGCAGCGACUCGGACAAGAUUUCUACACCCGGCACACCACAUCCAUCGGCUACCAGUCACGUGCCACCUGCAGCUCCGGGCUAGCAGCGACUCGGACAAGAUUUCUACACCCGGCACACCACAUCCAUCGGCUACCAGUCACGUGCCACCUGCUACUCCAGUCUACUAGUGACCCGGAAGAUAUUCAGCAAGAAAUUGAAGCCCCCGGUGUUAUCGCAACAACAGAAAGGCUCAGGUUACCGUCGCCUGUAUUAUUAUUAUUGUAAUUAUCGUCGCUAUUAUUUGUGGCACUGUUUUUUGUUGUUGUUGCAACUCGACUGAGAAAGUUGAUUGGUCUAUAAACUGGCAGCAGCUACUGCCUUGCCUUUUUUGGUGUCGCCAAAAGCCAACAUCUGAAGGGGCCAGGAUAUCAACCAACACCAGCCGUCGGCUACCUCCGGCUGCCCCCCGGCGUUCUGAAGGCACCACGUUGUGAAAUGCCUUCUCCAACUGUGAGUCGUUCAGUCAUGAGCUGGCGCCCCCCUCCCCGCCCCUCUCUCUCUCUGCUCCGGAGAGGGCCUCCAUUCCAAACACUUGAAACGGCCAUUGGGGGCUUAACUUCAGCCCGGAUCUGUCCGGGGAUUAGCGACCCAUAAAAUAUUUCCCCACCCGGCACACCACAUCCAGUAUCUAUAUAUCUCUCUUGCUACGGCCGUGGCUACCCACCUACUGCUCCGGUCUACCGGCGACCCACCGGCAGAUAUUCGGUGCGCAAUCGAGGAACCCGGUUGCGACGAACACAUUGCCCGCUGUGAGGCAGCGCGAACGGCGUUCACUUGCGGCGAGGCGUUUGCGACGCCGCCGCCACUUCCGCCAGGUGCCCGGGGACACUCGCGACAGCUUCGCUCUGGCGACCGUCGGCAGAUGGUAGACGGCCGUUCUGUCGCGAGCUGCUGUUGGCGACGUCGCCCAUGGGGGAGAGCGCCGAGCCGGUCGGCUGCAAGCGGUCGGUCGACGUUUUUCCAGUCGCCGCUGUGUACGAGGGAGAGGCGUCACCCGCUGUCGAUAUUUUUUUUCGUCCGUCAGACUGUGAAACGCGGUUGGACUUGCGCGGCGCUGCGGCGGGUGGAGAGCGACUUACUCGCGAGGUCAAACACCGAGGUCGGGGGUCGUCAGAAGCCCAACAUCAUCAUCAUCAUCCUUCCAGGCUUAUUAAAAUGAGUACCGCUUUGUGGGAAGUCAACAAACGGGUAGUCCCGUGGAGAGACUGAUGCCCCCCCCCCCCCCUCCUCCUGGCAUGGAAAUGUUGAAUUUAGUCCACUGGCUCAGGGCCACCAAUUGAUGUGACGGGCCCCACCAUCUUGCUCGUCUGCUCGAGCAGGGAGACACUCCUGGACGCUUAAAAGUGUUUUUGUCUUUUCAAGAACAAACGGGAAAACCAUCGUCACGGGGCUCAAUCGGGAUCCGUCGUGGGCACGUUGUGAUUGAGCUAUCGGUGAGCUGCGGUUUGCAAUAUGGAAGGGAUCGUUGUACAAACAUUUUUUGUCGCUCACAUUCUUAACUUAUCGAGCCGAAUUUAAUCUUGGAAAGUAUAAAAUUCCUGCAUGGCAACAGCCGUUUCAAAUACACAAUGUGUCUAUAUGUAAUUGUAUGCAUGCUAACUAACAGUAUGUAGGAGACGGUAUAUACUGUGUACGACAAGUUUCUUAAAUCCCUUCCUCGCCCACCCCAGCCAGCAGUAGGCGGUGGGGUACAGUGUGGGUAACUCCCCCACCUCUUUCAAAUCGUCUGGCCGCUGCGGUAGCGUGGGAGCAGGACCCUUGAGAGGCGUUUCUCUGGAGCUCCCACUAGCGGAGAGACCCUUCCACCAGCAGUGGUCUGAGCAGGCAAUUGCAGGGCAGCGCCUUGGGCGCCACGGUGGCGAGAUGUUAUCUCCAUCGCCUGGUGUGCAGGAGGUCGUGUGUUCGAUCCCGACCCUGACACCUGCUGCUGUAUAUUUGCAGUUUGCGCGUCUCUCCACCAAUGGCCACGUGGAUUUUGAUCCGUGUCCUCGGGUUUUUUCCCUCCACGUUGAGAAUGAACAUCACGAGUACAGAGGAUUUGGCUUUUAUAAAUUCCCACCUGAUAGGUCACUUCGUUGAGCUAUCAUUUGUGGCCAGGUCGCUUCUGAAAAAGGGAUAAACAGCUGAGUGGGCCUUACAUGGUAAAAUCAAAUAAAUAUGUAAAUAGCAAAAAUAAAAAAAAUACUUUGCCACCCCUUACUCUGUACAAGGGGCAGUCAACAAUAUGGAGAAUGAGAAGCACGGUAUUUGUAAGCUUCAUUUACAAGACCCCCUCUAUUUAUGUCCCAAACACAACGGUGACGUGCGCGAUUGCGUUACCAUGCUGUACACAGUUAACCGUGGGGUAUGUACGUGCGUCAAGUCACGACCUGUUCUCACAACUUAUUGAAUGCCUCUUGUUUAAAUACAUUCAUAUCCUGCCGAGGGAUGGCGGCGUGGAGCGGUGGCACAGUGGUUGGCACACCGUGCUAUGAAUCCAGCAACCUGAGAUUGAUGCCCGGGGUCAAGGCGAAUUGACCGACUUCAACUCGCCAAUACCGCACUGACCAGAAGUGGUGAAACGCGGACAAACGACCCCUAUGACCGACUCGGGUGUGCGGAAGCCAUUCAUCCCAAAGCGCUGAACAUUAUCUUCAUCAUUAUCAUCUUCAUUAUUAUUAUGACGUAUCCUGUAUAAAACAUCAACUUGGCACACACACAUUGUGAAUAUUGGACUCCUACGCACGGACGCACGCACGCACGCAGUCACCCUCUCAGGCAAACGUACCCACAGUCACCCCCUCAGGCACACAGACUCACCCACAGUCACCCCCGUUUUGGACGUCUUGUUGUUUGCAUGGAUGGUCUCUCGUACCCGCCGUGCAACCGCUACUGUGUAUAAAAACUUAUAAUUUGUAUUUCAUUGUACCAGGUCAGGCUCCACUGAGCUGUGUAGCUCUUCUUCAGAAGCGACCUGGUCAACACAAACGAGAGCUCAACGAAAUGGCUCAUCAUCAUCAUCACGUGGGAAUGCAUCGCAGCCAAAUACUCUAAACGCGUGAUGUUGGUUCUAAACGUGGAGAAAAAACCGGAGGACCGGGAGAACAAACCUACGUGACCACGGGGAGAGAGACGUGCAAACUACAACUAUGCAGCAGGCGUCAGGGUCGGGAUCGAACCCACGACCUCCUGUGUAUAAAA